AUGCAUCUCCACCUCACUCCACUCAUGCUGCUCCUCGCCCCCAGCUCUGCGCUAUUGCAGGUGCACACGCGCCUGGCCAAGGCGAUCCUGCACAAGGCCAAAGUCGACGCCAUGCAGCAGCGGGAGGCGCUCUUGGCCCAGGCGGAACUACUCUUCGCGGCGGCGGCCGACAUCGACGACGCGCUCGCGAGGCUCGAGCGCGGCGAGGCAAUGGCAGAGCCGCCCGUCGUCACGCGGCUCGCGCCACCUCAACAACCCGAGGCGCCCGCGGAGACGGCGCUGCGGCGGCUCGGCGGCCGGGUCCUGCGCGUCGUCGACUUCGCGGGCGACGCGGCCGCGACGGCGCCGCUCGACGUGGCCCGCGCGGUCGCGCUCGACGCGGUGCACGUCCUCGCGUGGCGCGGCGGCGCGGGCGGCGCCGACGGCGUCGCCGUGGGCGAUGGGCUCACGGCGCUCGCGGUGCGGCGCGACGACGGCGCGGGCCGCGUCGUCGUCGCGCUCGAGUGCGAGGAGCACGCGCGCCAGGUCGCGCACGUGAUGACGUCGCUGGACGGCUUCGCCAUGGAGGCCGCCCGCAUCUCCCUCGACGCGGCGGCGGACGCCGUCCUGGCGCGGCGGGACUGCGCGCUCGGCGUCGUGCUGCUGGAGGAGUGA